AUGCUGUGUGUUUCCCUGCAGCAAGCAGAUGAGGUUGCACAGACGGAGAGCUCCCAGCAGCUUCAUCUGCAGCCCAGUGAUUCAUCAGAGAAGCAGCAGCCCAAGAGGUUACAUGUCUCCAACAUCCCUUUCCGUUUUCGUGACCCUGACCUCCGGCAAAUGUUCGGGCAAUUUGGCAAGAUUUUAGAUGUGGAGAUUAUUUUUAACGAGCGAGGCUCCAAGGUCAACAAUGCCACAGCCAGAGUAAUGACCAACAAAAAGGUGGUGAACCCUUACACAAACGGCUGGAAGCUGAAUCCAGUCGUUGGAGCGGUAUAUGGUCCUGAAUUUUAUGCAGUGACAGGGUUUCCAUACCACAGUACAGCAGCAGCCAUGACUUAUAGAGGGGCCCAUUUGAGAGGGAGGGGCCGAGCUGUUUACAACACAUUCCGCACUGCACCUCCUCCUCCACCUAUCCCUGCCUAUGGAGCUGUGGUCUACCAGGAUGGCUUUUAUGGGGCAGAAAUAUAUGGAGGGUAUGCAGCUUACAGAUAUGCCCAACCAGCUGGUAAUGCUGCAGCUGCAUACAGUGACAGUUAUGGCAGAGUCUAUGCAACAGCAGACCCCUACCACCAUACGAUUGGUCCUGCAGCCACAUACAGCGUGGGCACUAUGGCUAGCCUUUACAGAGGAGGGUGCAGUCGCUUCACUCCCUACUAGAAAAGAGGGGGAAACGCCCCGUUCCAUGCCCGCAAAACAGACAAAAAACAACAAC